AAUAAAUCAUGUUUCCAUACAUAUUUGCUUUUUGUCUUUGUCUCUGUGUCUAAUUAACUAAGGGAGUGUCUGAUAACAUCGAGGUUAUCACUUCAUGUUGGCUUAUCACAUUGCAAGACAAUCAAAAAUUCAAGGUAUUUUAAUUUCUCAAUGCUUUUUUAGACAUUUGAUCAUGUAGUGGAUUCAGUCGCUAAACGUUAUUCACAGAGUGACAAAGACAAGAUUGUUCACGACAUCAGAGUGUACAUGGUUAAAAAGUGUUUUGCCACCCUUCCCCUCGCAGAUAGUAAAUAGGUAAGCACGUCUAUUUAACACGCGUUUUUUAGAUAAUCAAAGAUUUUGAAGCUGGACAAUCCUUCCAUGUAACCUAUCGAGAAGUUGUUAAGGGCUUUGAUUACACUCAUUACAUUAAGGACCUGAAAAACAAGGACCUCAUUCCAAACCCAUAAUUAGAUGACACCAUUUCAAGCAUUGUCAAAACUCUUGAAACUGAAUUUCUCAAGGAAACUCAAAGUGAAAUCCAAUAAGCAGCUCCUCCCAUAGGAGUUUUCGGAAUGAAUUUCAAUUACCUACUUGUGUUCCCAAUACUCGGAGGAGUUCUUUUGACCUAUUUUGCAAUUAAUGCAUUCAGAACUUUACAAACAACCCCGAAAAAAAAGAAGUGAA